AUGGUUGAUCACUCUCUUUUCACUUAUCACCAAACUGAUGUCCAUAUUUUUAUUUUGGUCUAUGUGGAUGACAUUCUUAUUACAGGAUCACAUAACUCAUUCAUUGCCUCAUUGAUUCAACAAAUAAAAUCUGAAUUUGCCUUGAAGGAUUCAGGGUCUCUCCAUUACUUUCUUGGAAUUCAGGUCACCUAUGACUCCCAUGGCCUACAUCUCCGUCAAUCCAAAUACAUAUUAGAGGUUUUAGAUCGUGCUCAUAUGAUUGGUGCCAAGCCAUAUUCAGCACCAUGUACCUUAGGUUCAAAGCUUGCUGCAUCUAGUGGUGAUCUUCUUCCUCGUGCCACUGAAUAUCGUCAGAUUGUUGGUGCUAUCCAAUAUUGCACUCUUACCCGUCCAGAAAUUGCUUACUCUGUCAAUUAG